CUCCCCCGCCGCUGGCGGUCGUCGUCGGGGCCGAGUGGAGCUUCGCCAUGUUUUAAAGUUUGCGGGUGGAAUCCAGCGCGUCUGGCUGCGAGUUGACACGGUUUGAAAGACAGCUGAAGGAUUCCCGCGGUGCGGUACCGCCUCGUGCGAUUUCACGUCACAGCGCAGCGCGGGAAAGGGCUGCCUGCGGAGUGAAGAGGGCAGACACAGGCAAGGCGGGCGGGGAGAGUGACUGACGGACUGAGGCGAUGCCGCCCGGCAGGAGGAAGACGGUCUCUAUCUCUUCGGCCGCGGGGGAAGCGGUGCUGCGGCUCGUGGGGGCGUCCGCGCGGCACCGGCGAGCCGCCGCGUCGACGAGCUCGUGCACACAGGACGACGUGCUGGAGACGUCGGCGCGUCUCGCGCACUCAGACCGCGGGCCCGAGCCUCCGGGUGACCAGAAGGACGCGACCCCCCGCGGCGCGGGAAGCGGAGCGGUGGAGGAGCGGCGCGCGCUCAGGCGGCCACCGGCAAAGCGGCGGCUUGAACUGGAUCUGGUUGACGACACGCUCAUGAGCCGUGGCGCUAAGGUCCUCAGGUGCGGUGACGACGCCGGGAUAGUCCGCACCAGUUUUACAGGUCGCCCCGUAAAGCAAGGCCCCGUUAAGUCCCGCGCCGACACGUCGCUCGGUGUGCUCACCCGGAAGUUCUUCCAGAUGUUGAGCCAGGGCAACGGCGUGCUGGACCUGAACAAGGCCGCCAAGUCACUGGAGGUCCAGAAGAGGCGCCUGUACGACAUCACCAACGUGCUGCAGGGCGUCCGGCUCGUGCGGAAGCUCUCCAAGAACAACGUUCAGUGGACGGGCUGCCGUCUGUCCGACUUCCAGGGCACCGUGAGCCACUUCCAAGGCCUGCGGAGCCAGCUGAGGCAGCUGGCCCAGGAGGAGGAGAAGCUGGACAAGCUGAUCAACAGGAGCAACGUCCACAUGAAGGAGAUGAGCGAAGAGGACCUCGGCCACAAGUUCGCUUACGUGACGUACCAGGACAUCCGCACGAUCGAGUGUCUGCAGGACCAGACCGUGGUUGUGAUCAAAGCUCCCUAUGAGACCAAGCUGGAGGUACCUGGGCUGCAGGAGAAGUACCAGAUUCACCUGUCCAGCAUCAGGGGGCCCAUCGAUGUGUUCCUGUGUCCCGACGUGCUGCCGCCCAGUCCCUCCGAGAGUACCGUGGACGAGAACGGGAACUCCUCCGUGCGCCACGUCUCCGAGGGUUCAGAUAACGUGUGUGGGCAGAAGUCGAGCCCCGACUCUUCUGUGACGGUCGGCGGCGGGUCAGCUGUCGGGUCGCCCUUCGCUUGCCUGGACCAGAACUUGGUGAACCUCAUGCUCCCCGCCAACGAAGAGUACCUCCUAAGCCUGGGGGAGGAGGAGGGCAUCAGCGACCUCUUCGACGCCUUCGAUUUCGACAGACUGCCGCUCGACGGCCUGUUCUGACCGGAACGGCGCGGUUUUGGUUGCCACGGAAACGCUGCCAUGGCGGAGAAGGCCCUCUCCAGCUGAGCGGAGAUAGCGGCCCUUUGGGAAGACCUCUUUCCCUCUUAGGUUCGGAUCCAUGGCGUAAAACAGAGUAGCGAGGGUAGCCGGCCCAUGGGUCCCUCCGCAACCUGUCAGUGGAGCAGCGCUACCAUGUCGGGACAGCAGAACUUCGACGCGCGCGUUUGUGUCGCCCGUUUCCGUGCUCCGCCCAACAGCCGCUUGCGUCCACUCUAGAGUACAUUGAUUUUUCUUUUUCUCGCCACAUUUUUAUUCCAUUGUACAGUUUCUAUAAACUUGAAUAAAUUUUAACAGGUGUGGAAA